UCUAAGAAACUACUCCUGAACAUAUAACUUGGUGUUGAACCAAUAAGACAUUUUAGAAUCAACAGAAUUUCUAUUUCACAAUAAUGGAUCAUAAUUCUCAAAGAAUACCUAAGAUGAGUGUAUACCAAGUUACAUCAACAGCGCUCCUUUUAAUGGUGGUCAUUACAAUGAUUCCUACAUCCGCAACCAAUACAACAGUCACUGACGACUCAACAACAACAGGUGAACCCUCCACAACUGUCAUUGAUGCGUCGACAGCAACUGGUGAACCGCUACAACCGUUACCGAUUCAUCAACAACUAGUGAAACCACGACAACCGUUACCGAUUCAUCAACUACCAGUGAAACCGCUACAACCGUUACCGAUUCAUCAACAACUAGUGAACCCACUACAACCGUUACCGAUUCAUCAACAACUAGUGAAACCGCUACAACCGUUACCGAUUCAUCAACAACUAGUGAAACCACGACAACCGUUACCGAUUCAUCAACUACCAGUGAACCCACUACAACCGUUACCGAUUCAUCAACAACUAGUGAACCCACUACAACCGUUAAUGAUUCACCAGCAACAACUAGUGAACCCACUACAACCGUUACCGAUUCAUCAACAACUAGUGAACCAACUACAACCGUUACCGAUUCAUCAACAACUAGUGAAACCGCUACAACCGUUACCGAUUCAUCAACAACUAGUGAAACCACGACAACCGUUACCGAUUCAUCAACUACCAGUGAACCCACUACAACCGUUACCGAUUCAUCAACAACUAGUGAACCCGCUACAACCGUUACCGAUUCAUCAACUACCAGUGAAACCACUACAACCGUUACCGAUUCAUCAACUACCAGUGAAACCACUACAACCGUUACCGAUUCAUCAACAACUAGUGAAACCGCUACAACCGUUACCGAUUCAUCAACUACCAGUGAAACCACUACAACCGUUACCGAUUCAUCAACUACCAGUGAAGCCGCUACAACCUUACCCGGUGUUGUUGACAACAACGGACGCAGCUGCAACAGUCAUUGAUUCAUCAACAAUAACAGGUGAACCCACUCCAACCAUCAUUGACGUGUCGAUAGUAACUGGUGAACCCACUGCAAACGUCACUGAUUCAUCAACAACUACUGGGGAACAAAAUACAUCCAUCACUGAGUCAAAAGAAACUGGGCAACCCACUAUAACAGUAAGAGGAUCAUCGACCACUACUGGUGAACACACUACAAGAGUCCCUGCUGCGUCGACCACAACUGGGGAGCCCACUACAACUGACAUUAAUGCAUCAACUACUACUAGUGAAAACACAACAAUGGUCAGUGGUGAAUCAAAAACAACUGGUGAACCCACUAUGACCGUCACUCGUGGGUCGACAACAACUGGUGAACCCACUAUGACCGUCACUCGUGGGUCGACAACAACUGGUGAACCCACAAAGACCGUCACUCGUGGGUCGACAACAACUGGUGAACCCACUAUGACCGUCACUCGUGGGUCGACAACAACUGGUGAACCCACUAUGAUCGUCACUCGUGGGUCGACAACAACUGGUGAACCCACUACAACCAUGACUGGUGUGUCAACAAUAACGGUUACAGCUGCACCCACUACAAACAUCACUGGUAGAUUGAUAUCAGCUGUUACAGCUGCACCCACUACAAACAUCACUGGUAGAUUGACAUCAACUGUUACAGCUGCACCCACUACAAACAUCACUGAUUGA